AUGUUGCGUGGGUUUUCUUUUUACGAUGAUUCAAUGAAUUUGAAUUCACUAACGUGGAAUAGUCCGGUGUUCACCUAUACAGAAAGAAACGAUAACCUACGACUCUGCGUUAUCCAAGACAUUCUGACAUACGCGUUUCUUGAUAGUUUGACCGCUGUGCUGGACCACCGAUAUAGAACAUCUAUUCAUUUCAAGAAAAGCUUAUAUGAGACUCCAAUCUUCAGGAGAGCAAGUCGGGACGAGAACGGAAUCUUUACGACAGACUCAAAACUAUCUGCUCCAUACAGCCAGUUCAGAGAAUACAAGAAGGAAGCCAGUCUUUCGGCUGCAUUCAGGGAGAGAGGAUCCCCUUACAAAUAUCGUAAGGGAGCAGCGGCAAAUCUCAUACGACACCUUGAACAUUCAAGUAAUAUCAUUAUGGGCCAUCAAAAAGGGGGCACUUUUGCCAACUAUGUCUCUGUGCGGGACGAUACGCAAUCUCCUUUUAUAGAGACGCCUACAAGAGACUCUUUAAUCAAGCUUGCAAGCAAUACAAGCUUGACCCGAGAUGAAUCGGUACCCCAAGUUCUUACCUCGUCCCAGCACGCAGCACUUGAGAACGACCCUAAAAUUUUACAGCUUAAAACGGAUUGCCAGCUGAUUCGCAACGACCUUAUGAUGGAGCACGAUGGGCUUAAGAAGGCCCAAAAAGCCGACGAUAAACGUUACUCCGAAUUCUUGAAGCUACAGAAAAAGGAUACCACCCAGCCUGGCACCAGUCGAUGA